AUGGCCAAGAGAACAUUAGGGUUAGCAAAAGCUGCUAAGGCCAAAAAACAAAAGAAAGAACAAGAACAUCAAGAAAGUUCUGCCAGCCCAGACGAGGAAUCAUCUUCAUCAAACCAAUUGACUAUUGAGUUACCAGAAGAAAUCGAUGCAAAUGAUGAAAUUUCUCAAUUAAAAGGGUUGCAUAAGACCUACUUACAAUCGGAAAGAGACAAUGAGUUACUUGUGAACGGUAUAAUUCAUGAAUGUGACAGAUUAUUGCGUGAAAAUGAUUCAGAGAAUAAACAACCACUCCCAGCUGUCUUCCACGCUAUUUACGCAAUUGCUUUAGCUGAACUAAGUAAAUUCCAUACUGAAGAAUUGGAUAAAGUCAAGGAAUUUUUUAUAGCAGCUUUGGAAAGAGUUGAACUGGGCUUGGAAAAAAAUCCCAAUGAUAUUAACUUACUAGUUGCCAAAACCAAAAUAUUACUUGAUCAAAUCCUGUUGCAAUAUAUUGCCCCAUUAACUUUGGAAUCUGACGUAAAAGAAUUAGAUAAGGAAAUCGAUGAAUUGUUAGAUGCCGCAUUAAGUGUUUAUGAAUCAGUGGAAGCUAGAGCCAAAGAAUUGAAGGACUAUUCCAUAUUUGAUGACUCUGAGACUUUGGACAUUUUGGAAGCAUUAGAUGAUAUACUAGACAUUGUCGAUAAUUUUGGUAAGGAAAACCAAGGUGACGAUGGCUCUGAUGAAGACGACGAAGAAGAUGACGACGAAGAAGAGAAAUCGGUUGAAUUGGCAGAAACUCAUCCCUUGUACAAAAUUAAGAAUAGUGACAAAUACGAUCAAUGGUGGAGAGACCAUACUCACUUGUACUUGGAUAAUUUGGAAAAAUUAGAGAAUGGAUCGCCCGAAUUAAAAAGAGAAGUCUGUCAUAGAUUGGGACAAUCUUAUUUACAAGAAUCUGAAGUACCAUAUCUGGUAUUUACCAAAUUGAAAUAUGACGAUGAGUAUGAUGGGAUUGAAGAAUUGGAAGGGUUGACAGAAAAAGAAGCCCAAAAGAUUUCUCAAGAAUUGAUUACCAAGGCGUUAGAUUACUUGAAACAAGCCAAAGAUGAAGAGGAUCCAGAAACAUGGGUUAGCAUCGCCGAAGCCAUGAUUUCGUUAGGGAACUUGUAUGAAGUUGAUAGUAAAGAACAAGAAGAUUUGUAUUUGGAAGCAGAAAAGAUCUUAAAAAGGGCAAAUAAUGUCACCAAUGGAAAAUUCCAAGAAGAAUUAGACAAUCUUUUACCAUAA